AUGACUCAAGUUUCACCAUCGAGCAAAAAGGUAGAUGAUUUCUUAUCGGGGUUGUCUCAAUUGUCUCAGAAUAAAAUUCGAGAAGACGAACAACGACAGAGGGAGCUACAAAGAAGCAUCGAAGAGUUGAAGAGACUGAAUUCGACUUCGCCAGCAAAACCUGAUUACGAUGAGCUAACUCCGGUGAACUCGCUGAUGAUUUCAGACUCAGUUCCAACUUUGAAGUUCAGCAGAAGCUCAGGGCCCACUGAAUAUAAAUCUAGACUAGACAUCUAUGAAGAAGAGAACCCUCCAAAGCUACCAAAAAGAAGAAAUAUUGAAAGUAAUGAAGAUGAAGAUGCUCCAAAAUUGCCAAGAAGACCAGAAUCUACAGAGCCUGUGGAAGAAAACCCUCCUCCACUUCCUACAAGGAAAUUUGCAUAUUCCACAUCAGACUUGAAUAUUAACUUGCUUCAACCAACAGGCCGUAAAGGUCCUAUUCCUGUCGCAAAACCAAAGCAGACUUCGAAUCACUCAUUUCCAGAAUUCAAAGCUAAAUCUGGUUCCACUGGAGGCGGUACCAUUAAGUCUUUUUCCCAGAUAGAAGCUGAAAUCAAAAACAGAGAUGUAUCACAAACAGAGGAUUCCAAAUUGAAACAAGUCCCCCCAAAGCCAAAGUCCAAACCUAGAAUCAGUGAGACUUCUGUAGUUGUAGAUUCGGUAGCAAAAAAUGACUGGCUUUCUUCAUCAAUUGGAAACAAGGCAACUGUCCACACAACCCAGUCUUAUGCCGGACAUGUAGAACCAUUGAAACCCACACCAAGGCCCAAGGCAGACUGGUUGUCUUCUACUUUACAUAAUCCAAAAACAACAGUACACACUUCGCCUGCCAAAGUAAGCGUUGACUCACCAGGAGAGCACAGUUCUGGUAAGCCAGGUAGCAAACCUCCUCUUCCUCCCAAAAUUGCCAUUACUUCUCCCUCUAAGGGAGCAGCAGCCAGCUGGCUCAAUAGUGCUGUUAGUAAGAAGGAUCUUCAUACACAUUCAGAAGUGGCUUCAAAACCAUCUUAUAUAAUUCCGAAGAAGAAGAAUCAAAAUGUAGAAGAAUCAGAGAAAAAGACACCCGAGUACUUGGAAAAACUAGGAAAGUUGCAGAAAGGCGAAUCGUUGAAAACCCCAGUUUCAAAAGCUCCAUUGAACAAAUAUGCUCAAGAAGAGGACACUCUAAAGAACACGAUCGCAAAUCUUUCGUCUUCUAAAAAACCACCUCCAAAGCCAUUGAAACCUCCAGUCUCAAAAUACACCCAGGAAGAGACUGACUUGCUCAAAACUACUUUGGCUGGAUUGUCUACAAGCAAAGUGCCAGUUGUUAGGGUUUCAAAACCAUCAGUAGAAAAGUAUACAAAAAACGAAAGCGAGCUUCUUAAAUCAACUAUAUCAAACUUGUCGCCAAACAAGAAGCCUCUUAUACCGACUAAGCCAGCUUUUAACAAGUACGAAGAAAAUGAUUCUCAGAUAUUAAGAGCUCAGAUGAGUCAGCUCUCCAACAAGAGCAAAUUAUCCACAAAACAGGAUAAUAAUAUAACAGAGGGAAUGUAUGCUCAUAGUAAACUCAAACCAGUGGCUCCACCCCUCAAACCCAAGACCAAGCCGGUUGUUGAACAACCUCCUAAACGGGCAACUGCAGUUGAGAAACCAAAGCCCGUAUCAUUCCAGGACCAACUAUCCAACAUCUUGAGAGCCAACACAGUCCCUCAACUUGCAGGUGCUUCUAGUAAUGGAAUCCCAACAGCUACAAUAAUUAGCCGUUCAAACACAGAUCCUAUAAGGGAGAAAAGAAAAGAUACAGUAGGUAAUGGUAAGUUAGUUCAUCCUGGUAAGGGAAGAGCAAAGGGUCCAAAGAGAAAGCUUCCUAAAUCGAUGCAGAAAUCUCAGGCUCAAAGUAGCAACAGUUCAAAGAAGUCGGCGAAUGUUAAGGAAAGUGAUCCAGUUUCCUUAAAUCCAAUUGAAUCUUCUGAACCAAAAGAAGAAGAAACUAUGCUUGCGGUACCAAAGAAGAAACCUGCUCCUACAGUGAACAAGCUAACUAAACCAAAGCCUGUUGAAGGAUUGAAGCCCAGCCGGAACUUCAGUGGGGAGAUUUUCAUAUAGGAGAUACAGACAUUCAGAUCGAUUCUAUUCUUUUAUAAAGAACAAUUAUUUGUUUUACUUUCUCAAACGUAGAUUGGCACUCAUAGUCGUAUAUAUGUGAAGUCGUAAAUGUAUGUACAGUCAAUUUU